CUCUCUGUGUGUGUGUAUCUGCGUUGCAUACUGCAUACUGCUCGACCACCCGUUGCAAGGUUGGGCCGUCUUGCUGACGGCCGGGGACCUGUUGGCCUAUAGCUCGGCCUCGGCCUCUGUGGCCGACUGCUGGAGUCUGUGUGGGUGUGCGGCAUGGCAAUACUGUGCUGUUCACCACCUCGCUUGCAUCAGUCGCCGACAGCGAGGCCUGAUGGUCCCGUACCGCGUGCAGUCUCAGGAUUUCCCGAGACAGGUUCACGUCAGGCCAGCCCCUCUCUCGUUUCCUGCAGCAGAAUCAACCGAGCCGUUUUUGGCAUGUAGGGUAAGAGGGAAGACGUGAAGGGAAUGCACAUGGCCCAAAUGGGAGCACCUAUAAGCUGAUGAAGGUCUUCGUGGCAGACGGCUUGGGCCAGGGGGAUCAUGCACCUAGUCGGAUUGGCACACGCCGGCGCAACCGCGGAAGGGAAAGAGACUUUCCUAGCAUCAGUAGUGACAACUGGCAAUGGGGGCGAUGAAGGGGUUCAAAGAGGGGAAGACGAAUGGGAAUGGGUGGACGACAAGAUGGAGGGAUGGACGGACAGUGAAGCGGACGUGGA